GAUUACAAGCGAGAAAAAGUCCCUUGUUGGGGAAGUAGUCUGUCGACGAGGAAAGAAUGUUAGUCUUGCAAAUAUAGAUAUUCUGCACACGCUUUCUACUUGACGUUUGGCACUGUCAGGUUUGGACAAAGUUGUGCGUGGGCGGAUACGAGGAGACCUCGAUCGGUGCUGAAUGUAUUGCGUAAAAGGCACCACUUCUCCGCCAGGUUCUUUGUGUUGAGAUGGUUUGUUUUUGUUCGACAGAAGCUCUCGUGGCGAGAUACCCUGCAAUGUAUGGGUGCUAGUUCGUCUGAUUUCCUGCGGGAGCCACGGGAAUCAGAUCGGAGAAGCUGGGUUUGGCUGUGUGCGUAUAGUUGAGAAGCAAAAAUACAUAGAAGAAAGGGCAUCUGAAAGGAGAUGGGAAAUUGCCUGAAAUCUCCAACGUCGGAUGAUAUAUCUUUGCUUCAUGAGUCACAGUCAGACAGGGCUAGUUUUGGUGAUGGAACAGACCCAGACCAAGAACCUCCACCGCCUUACCAGGAGCAGGUCCACGUGCCGGUGUACCACCCGACGCCCAGCCAGGCGCGCCUUGCCACCCAGCUGACGGAGGAGGAGCAGGUGCGGAUCGCCCAGCGCAUCGGCCUCAUCCAACACCUGCCCAAGGGCCUCUACGACCCUGGGCACGACGCCGCAGAGAAGAAGAUACGCGAGUGUGUGAUCUGUAUGAUGGACUUUGUGUACGGCGAGCCCAUCCGGUUCCUGCCCUGCAUGCACACGUACCACCUGGACUGCAUCGACGACUGGCUGAUGCGCUCCUUCACCUGCCCCUCCUGUAUGGAGCCUGUGGACGCCGCCCUGCUCUCCACCUACGAGACCAACUGAUGCUGACGACGAUGCACACACCAUGCCGCCACCACCACCACCACCACCACCACCACCACCACCAUCAGCAUCAGCAUCAUCACCACCAUCAUCAUCGUCAUCGGACCCCAGACAGGCAGAAUGAUCGCCCAACCAAUUUAACUAAACUUAAACUACAUCACACUCACACGCACAUAGUCAAAGAAAUAGCCUGUCAGACUCACACGCGCGCGCGCGCGCGCACACACACACACAAUGAAAUAGCUUGUUAGACAAUCACACACACACACACACACACACACACACACACACACACACACACACACACACACACACACACACGUGUGCAUGCGCGCGCACACACACACACACAAUGAAAUAGCUUGUUAGACAAUCACACACACACACACAGAUAGAGUUAAUCAGGCCUCAGAUUCACUUCCUCCUUCCCAUGAUUCAUCAUCAGCCCUGUCCAUGUGGGCACAGCACAGCACAGGACAGCAGGGCCAGAGAGAGGGAGAGAGAAAGCCUGCCUCCUGUGGUGGUGUACAGGAAGUGCGCCUGCGUUCCUGGGAGACUCCUUGGCUGUUUGGACCUCCGUGAGGGGUCCUCCACACACACACACACACACACACACCAAUGAGACCCUGCAAGCCAGGGAAGUAAGCUGUUGUUCCGAGAAGGAGAAGGAAAAAAGAAGGAAGUUAUGUAACUGUUGAAUUAUGUACACACGACCACACUGCUGACUUUUGAUACACACACACACACACAACCCACAACCAAGUUAAAACAGUCCAGCUGUCGACGGGGACGGGGACUUUUAUUUUAUUGGCUUCUCUCGACUUGCGUUGCGUUUCCUUGCGUUUCCUUGAGACUCAUUUCACUGUAAAGACAAUGGAGAUAGUUUUGUUCUCUUUCUCUUGUCUUUUCUUCUCUUUUGGCCAUCACACUGAAAACAAAAAAUCAAGAUGAGAAGUGCAAAUAAUAGUGUUAUAUACUCCCGCCUGCAGUGCUAUUGACUCAGAAUUUUAUUUUUUGCUUUUAAUGGUAUUUGUUAGUCACAAAUUUAUUUGUUAUUGUUUGUUUUACUGUUCAUCCCCCUUAAUUUAAUGCGCUCUGUACCCCCCCACCCCCACCCCCAGCGAGUGAGUCACCCAGAUAAACACACCUGUAAUUCGUCAGUGCACUUAUCACUGCAUGUCUUAUUGUAUCUGACCGCCAUAAUAUGUAAUUUAGGAAACACUGGAGUUCUUCCACCUAUCUGCUAUUUUCUGCCACAAAACUACAGGGGUGUAUUCCAGGAACAUGCUUGAGUGAUAAAGUUUGCCAAAGAAAGUAGUAAAUCGAUUAAGAGAUGGCCUGCAGGCUUCAUUUAGUUAUCAAAAUUAGCACUUCAGGCUCUUCUAUUAGAUGAUUUACCACUACCUCAAGGUAAACUUAACCUGAUUUACUACAGAGCCAGGUUCUUGGAAUACCACCCCAGGUUUGUUUUCUGUUUCAAUCAAGAGUAUACUGUCUAGCUCUCCCGGUGAUGCAAAUGGAUAAAUCAGAAGAGAGAUGCCCAAUAGUUGCUGUGACUGUGAUGUGGGUUUUGACCCUCACAUUUUGUGUGUCUUAUUUUGAUCUUUGGGUGUGGUCAAAAUUAUAACGCUCCUAUGCACAGCCAAUGUCCAGGUGCUGAUGCUAUGCAGUCAUAAGUAAUCCAGUAAAACAUUUCGGAGUGCUCCAAACUUUGGGUGUAACAGACUGAUUUAAGUCGUCUUACUCAGUCUUUAUAAUCACUGUCUGGCAUAGUAUCACCAUCAUUCAUACAAGCAAACAAACAUGGAAAUGAUGCAAUACAAAUCAGUGAAGAUGGGAAAAGGGACAUAAUGACUCGGCAGUCUUGUGUGGCUUUUCUUCCAGACGAAAGCCCUUGCAUACUGUCAUACAAUGCUGUCUACCCAGGUCUGUCUCCCCCAUCCAUCUAAGUCAACACACCAGACCCCAUCUCUGCCUUUGCUCCCGUGGUGAGACACUAGGUGUCAUGGAGCCUUAUCUGUGUAAUGCUGAGCAAUAAGCAGUUCAAAGCAGACAUGCCGUAUGCCCUGGACGCGUACUGAACUGUCAAUCAUUUAACAUGGAAUCACUGAGGGCUUUUUCAGCUGAAUUGGGAAGAGAUGUGACACCUGUUUUUUUUCUCCUCAAUAUCAACUGAUCAUAAAAGCACAAAAAAGAAUGCUGGCUUUGAUUCGAAGAGUCCCAUGCCAAUUUAUGUUUGUAUUGACAUGGAAGACUUUGAGACGCAAUCAAAUGAGGAUGGAGAGACAUUGAGAGAGCGUUGGCCCACCCUACUCCACCUAUCCCACACUCACUCCCAUUUGUAAUUUAGAAUGUAUUUCUGAAUCUCCAGAUUCCUGUUUUCCAUAUCAUGUAUGUGAGUCUGAAUCCUUUUUUUUGAGUGAUUUUGUUAUAUGUACAAAUGUUUGUGAAAACACACAUGGACUUAUGUGUGUGUGCGUGCGCGUGUGUGUGUGUGUGUGUGUGAGAGAGAGAGAGCAAAAGGGUAAUCCAUCCUUGUCAUGGAUUUGAAUACUUUACACCACUGCUGGAUUGACAGAUUUACAAUGCAAAGGGUUACAUUCAGACCUACCAAAUGAGUGUUAUGUGGUGGUACUGUAACGUGUUUUUUGUGAGUUGUCACCUCUGUUUUGCACAGAACCCCUUUUGUUUUGUUAUUCAUGUCACUUUGUGUGUCAUUCAGAGUGGAUCUGCAAAGGCUCGGGUCUCAUGACAUGGAUGUGCGUUUGGAUUGGAGCUACCACACCAGCACAGGACUCUCCGGGCACUGUGCCUUUGGUGCAGUAAACGGUGUAUAUAUGCUGUUAUGGAAGCAAACACACACACACACACACACACACACACAUACAAGGACAGGACGGGUGCAGGUGGGUGGGGGCCAGAGAAAGACUGUGAGUUCACCCAACCCCCAACACUGUCUCGUGAAGAAUGAACUGUUAAAAGUGUGACUGUGUGACAUUACAACUGAUUUCUAUCAGUGAGCAGAAAGUCUUUUGGACACAUGUGAGCUGUGUAUGAUAUGUAAUGUGUGCGCCUGUGAGAUUGAUUUUUUUUUCCUGGUUUAUCCCUGGUCUGUAAGUAAAUAAAGGCAUACCCUGUACUACAGACAAAAUAAUAAAUAGAAUUCAUGCUAUGGAA